UUGGUAGAGCCGAAGGCAAGGCGCUUAAAAAGAGACCAAGCAGGUUUAGGAUGAAGGACUUUCCCUUUUUUAAGAGGAGCAAAGGAUCGAGCCCCCCCUUUCCCACCGCGGACACGUCAGGAUGAGAAGAUGCCAGCUACCAGUACAAUCACUGUAACAAGCUGCAAGCAAAUCUCAAAGAAGAAAACAAAAGACAGUAAAACAACAAAAAUCUUUGCGGCAAAGGAGCAGUAUGUACCAUUGCUACGCGAAAUGAAACACCCGCGACAUGGCUACGAUUAUGGCCCUAUGAUUUACGAAUGCGAUUUGUGCGAAUAACAGCCUUUUUUUUAUGCUGGGUCACGGCCUUUCUCACGGAUCGCGGGAAAUUCUAUUCGUUCGGUUUCACGGCGUUGGACCCUUCAAUUCGGCCAUAUCUUGUCAGUUUCACGUUGCGUGCUAUGACGCUUUUUGAACGGAUUUACCGGAAAAUACGGAAGGGUUUCGAAAAAGCAAAAAGAAAAUGAGAGAAACAAGAGAA